UUAUGGACUCCGUGUAAGCGGGGCAGUAGUUCAUUGUACUGCUUCUUAAAUGUUUCAUUCAGUCUGUAAAAAAUGCCCCUAUUUAUAAAUCGGGACCAAAUAUUUGCUCACCAGGUGCAUCUAUUGGAGCACAAACUUCGGAGUAAAGAGGAACGUAUUUUGGAGCUGGAAACGGAGAACGCUCUCCUACACCUGAGGCUUGCAGAGUGUCUUGGUAAACUGCGCAGGGAUCACGAGGAUGUGGCUGAAGCUCAAAAGCGCUGCCAGCAUCAGAAAAACAUCACGAAGAGCACACAGACUGCUCUUGCCAAACUCCUCUCUGAAGUACAGGUCCUUAAACAAGAUCUGCGGGAUGUUUUUGCGGUGUAUGUGGGCUUCGCCACAGAGCUGGAGGGGCAGAGCAAACAGCUCCUGGAGAGAGUGGUCUCUGCCACCAGUGCUGUCCAGGGAGACGGUGAGGAUGUGCAAGCCCUGCAGGCUAAGGUGGAGGCUCUGGAGCGCUCCCUGCAGGAGGAGAAAGAGCGAUGCAGGACAGAGCGGUUGAGGAGGAAGCUUCUUCACAACGCUCUGGUGGAGCUGAGAGGGAACAUCAGGGUCCAUUGCCGAGUGCGUCCAGUUCUUCCUUUUGAUGCUGGAUUCGGACAGUCUGGCUCAGUGUCUGGGUCCACAUUAUCAGAGGAGGUAGUGCAUGCAGUCAAUGAUGACACUGUUGUUGUAAAUUGCUCCAAAGCCGGGAACUCUCCAGUGAACAAAAUGUUUGAGUUUGAGAGGGUGCAUAGCCCAGAGGACACACAAGAGGAUGUGUUUGAGGAAGUGAAGCCCCUGCUUACCUCUCUGCUGGACGGGUAUAAUGUGUGUAUUAUGGCGUAUGGACAGACAGGCAGUGGGAAGACACACACAAUGAUCGGGUCUCAGAAUGAGGACCCCAUGGGACCUGAGGGAGCCCCUCUGCAGGGCGUUAUCCCGAAGGCAGCCACGGAGCUCUUCAGGUUAAUCUCGGAGAAGCCGGCCGACAGUCACACGGUGGAGGUGUCAGUAGUGGAGGUGUACAACAACGAGGUGUUUGACCUGCUCUCCAAAGAUGGAGAGGGCGCAGGGGCAAAGAGGGAUGUCAUUACCACCAGCACUGGCACCAGCGAGGUGACCUCCCUCACCUACGAGUCGGUGCGCAGCUCAGCGGAGGUGAUGCAGGUGAUCAGUGCCGUGCUCAGGCUGAGAGCCCGCAGCCCUACGCUGGUGCACAGGGACUCCUCCCGCUCCCACCUCAUCGUCACCCUCACUGUCACCUCCAAGAGCCCCAAUGUCCUGGCACUGGCCCGCAGGCUGCAGAGUGCCAGGCAGGAGGUCCAGCGCCCUGCCCAGAAAGAGUGGUGGAGCCCACGCUGCCGCAGGGCCGCCUCUGGCCGCCGCGGGAUGGAGGAGCAACCUGCGAGCCCCGCCUCCUCGCCUCUCCACUCCCCCUGUCACUCGCCGUGCCCCUCCCCCAGGCCAAGCAUCUCCCAGGCCCCCGUCAGGACCAAGCUGCAGCUGGUGGACCUGGCCGGCAGCGAGUGUGUGGGGAUGUCGGGGGUGACAGGAGCUGCGCUUUGGGAGACGUCCUGCAUAAACCGUAGCCUGUCCGCCCUCUCCGACGUCCUGGGCGCCCUGGCAGAGCAGCGCCCCCACGUGCCCUACAGGAACAGCAAGCUGACCCACCUGCUGCAGGACUCCAUCGGAGGAGACGCCAAGCUGCUGGUGAUGCUGUGCGUCUCGCCCACCCAGAGGUUCAUGGCGGAGUCCCUGCAGUCCCUGGGCUUCGGGACGAGGGCGCGGCAGGUGCAGAGAGAGCCCGCGCGGAGGAAGAACGCGGCCCUCAAGACGAAAUGAGCGCUGACGGGAAUCUCAUGGUCUUAGAGACCAAAAAGUACCACACGAAUCGCUAACUUGUAUGUGCAUUUUUACAGAGAUGUUUUAGAUGUUCUUUUUCCAUUUACACAGCAAGUAAAACAUACAUGGAAAUGAUCUCUUCAGACUUACUGUGUUCACUUUUCAAUUUAUUGG